ACGGGGUCAAAUGUCAUAAAAAUGCCAUUUAAAUGCUUAUUAACAGCGUAUUAAAUGGCAUUUAAUUGGCAAUUAAUUACACCGUUUUCGACGUCCUGGGGUUCAUUCAACAUCACACAAGAACGGGUGUAAAAAUGUCCGUCAGGUCUAUGAUAUCCAUCGAGAUGUAGAUGAUGAUUAAAAUUUCAAAAUCUGACCGCCUAUUUAGUGUGAAAAAGAUUUACAGAUUUACAGAUUUACAUGGGAGGAUGCAUCCAAAAUGCCUUGGCUAAGUAUCCACGACUCGUACGAAGACACUAUGGAUGUAUAAAACUGGAAUCCAGUUUCGUAGGACAUCGUGACCCGUCUUUUAUAUGGAAAUAUUUUCUUACUGAUCAAAAAUGAGGUUGUGUUUGAAGCACCUGAAGAAAUAUUUCUUUUUCACAGUGUAACUACAGACAAAAGCUGACGUUUUUCUUUGCGCAACAGAAAACACAAAACUUUCAUAAUUUUACAUUAGUCGGAUUUUCACAUUUUUUUCAUUUGUUAAUAUUUUUAUACAUAAUACUUUUAUCUAAUAAAUCAUAAAAAAUAUAAAAUAAUUAGAUGUCAUAGAGAAGGAUAAUCAAAGUUAGCGAGCGUGAAAAUAAUUUACUAAUUCUAAUGUUCUAGCAAAUUUGAGAAUAAAAAAUAACUAACUAUCGAAUCAUUAAGUCGACCGGUUUUCGGAAAGAAUAUAUUAUUAUUACAAAAUUAUUUUCGAUAAAAGAUACUGCAUAAGUUCAAAAACAAGCAUUAUGCUUGCUUUUUUCUACGGUUUCCUGAAACAUGUAAGUGUUAUACUUAACUGAAGGUAGUAGAAAAACAUAAACAAUAAUAAUAUUCUCAAGAGCAUCUAAAGCAAUUUUUUUGUCGAUGUACUGAUUUAUGCCCCAAAAACUGAACAAGGUAUUGAAAAAGAAUUUUAUUUUGUUUGACGAAAUAGACAAAAGACAUUAAAUAUUGUUUUGCGAUAAAUACAAGCAAGCACUUUUGUCAAGUGUACACCGAAAAAAAAAUACUAAUAGUCAAAGAAAUGUAUUUAUAACAAAAACCAUUUAUUUUUUUAAACGAAUGAAUUUAACUGACUAACUCUGAAAAACAAAAAUGCACGUUUUGACGAUGAAAUUAAGUUAGAUCUAAAAUCUCAUUAGAAAAUCAUUCAACAUAAGAAUGCCUUUACAAAUGCAUCGACUACUUGCAAUGGAAGCGCCAGAUGAGCCUAGAAGUAAUGUCGAUCAUCUUACCGAAUAUAAUUCUCGCUUCAAGCCACCAAGGAAAGAAGAUUACAUCCCACAUGUAACCCUUCCAAGACUAUCGAACAGGCCACCUUCACGUACACAAUCAUUUCAAGAGAAUCCAUCAAAUUCCGAAUAUCGUAUGCGCUUUCCAAAUCAUUUUCCAAAGCGGCCAUAUGUUUAUCAAGCACAACCGAGUCGAGUAUUCGAGGCAGAAACUAACGGAUUUCUAACGUCGACGGAAUAUCGGGAGCGUUUUCCAAAUUAUAGAACCUAUAUUCCAUAUAGCGACCUCAUUCCACCACACCUAUCUCAAUCAGUCGAUAUACCAUCAAGAACAAAACAGAAGAAAGAAACAAUGUCAAAAAGUCAAUAUUUUCACGAACUAUUAGCUGAUGCAAAAGCAAAUUCAUUAUCAUCAUUAUCCGACACUAGUGAACACCGAAACGCAUACCAAUGGCGUCCUCGCCCUCCAUAUGAACCACAAUCGUACGAUUUUUCAAAGAAUUUGACAAUGAAUCGCUAUGAAAAAUUACCGUCAAUUUCGAAAGUAACAGUCAAUGCUUCAAACUAG